CACUCUCGGUCUGUGCGAGGAAGCGGGCAGACCGUGGGCUGAGCCAGUGGAGACGGACGGAAAGUUGUUCACUGGCAACUUGCAGUAAACAGAAGCAUAUUUUUUUCUGAAGAUGCAAUAUAUGUUGUAAAUCUUUUUAGACGUUUUUUAAUUCGAAUAUGGGAACACAUUUUUUUGUGAAAUGAUCCCCUAUCCUAGCACGCGCUUCUAAACCACUCGCCGUGGUAGAACUUCACCCAGCCAUGCUUUUGACCAUUUUAAUAUCGUAUUUCGUGACUUCGGUUUCUGGGAAUAAAACAGACGAACGGAUACUUUUCUUUCACGGACAUGUAUUUGAAAACUGGUCGCCGGGUUCCAAAGUGAACGGACUGAGCAUCCCGGCGAAACGGAUAGACGCGCAGAAAUGGUGUCCAAAGCCGGGUAUGUACCUUAAACUCCUGGGCGAAGGAAGCGAGGAUUUCCACUUAUUUGCUCACCACAAACGCGGCCACGUCUUGCUGAAAACGUCUAAAGUCCUCGAUAGGGAGGAACGAGCUGAAUACCGCUUCGCCCUCGGUGUGUGCUGUCAAAGUUGUGCUUCGUCUGACAGAGUGGAUGCCGAAGUUGCGUCUGUGAAAAUCGAUGUGCUGGACACCAACGAUCACGAGCCAACAUUUCACAACAGGGAUGUUAAAAUAACUUUGGACGAUGCAACUGCCCUCCGCUCCGUAGUCCACAAGGUGAAUGCAAAGGACACGGACAGUGGCAAGAAUGCCGAUUUGAUCUACUUCGCCGUUCCAAAAAAUGGCAGCUUCUACGUGGUGCCCAAAACCGGAGAUAUUUUGCUGGUCGAUUCCAUACUUGGUCUCACCACCCCGAUUAAAUUUAGUGUGUUCGCGAGGGACCACGGUUGGCCUUCUCGAAUAAGUAAAAAUGUGGACAUUGAGAUAAGUCCUCGCCAGUGGCCCGCGAGAAAGCCCAGUCUUGGUAGCGAAACUGGUCAGCGACUUGUUCGCAGGUCCAGAUCUUUGCUGGAAUCGGGAAACCCGGUAGUCAUCAGUGUAUCCGAGGACGCCAGUAUUGGAUCGGUUGUAAUGAACCUGAACCCGGUGAGGUUUCAGACGGCAAGUUUUGAGCUAGUCUACCCUGGGUCUGAGAACACGCCGGUGACUGUCAGCCGGGACAGCGGGGAUAUAGUGAUCGCCAGGCGGCUUGACAGAGAGACUGAGCCGCUGGUCGAUAUUACUGUAAAAGUGCAGGACAAACGAGGCUCCGACUGGUAUCUGGUUCGCGUGGAGCUGAUCGUCACCGACGUCAACGACAACGCCCCGGAGUGGACCAUGGUCCCCUUCCCCUACCUGGCGGUGGUGUCCCCAGAGGCCCCGCCCGGCUCCCUGGUCUACAAGCUCCACGCCCACGACGGGGACGAGGGCGGCAACGGGGAGGUGGAGUACUUCCUGUCCGACGGGGGCGAUGGGCGUUUCGACGUGGACAGGAAGAGCGGGCACAUCAAGACGACGGGCCUGCCGCUGCAGAGGGACAGGGAGUACCUGCUGACCGUGGUGGCCGCUGAUAGGCUGGGCAGCCGCGGCCCCCCCGCCACGGUGUCCGUGGUGGCCGGGGCCCGACCGCCUCAGUUCAGCAACAGCUCCUUCACCAUCUCCAUACCGGAGAGCACGCCCGAGGGCCAGCCGUUCCUGGUGGCCCCUGCCAUGUCCUUCCAGAAGCAUCCGCUCAGCUACAGCCUGCUCAUCAAUCCCAGCAGCCUCUUCUCCAUCCAGCCGGAGACGGGCCAGGUCAGCCUGACGCGCGCCGUGGACUUCGAGAGCGACCAGCACCGCUACCUGCUCCUGGUGCGGGCCAGCGAGAGCCAGGACGCCCUGAGCAGCGCCGCGGAGGUCCGGGUGAUCAUCACGGACGAGAACGACUGCGUCCCGGAGUUCCUGCAGUCCAUAUACAGCAAGGAUGGCGUCCCGGAAACGGUGACCACGGCAACCUCGCUGCUGCAAGUGUCGGCCAGCGACUGCGACUCGGACCUGAACGCGGAGCUCACCUACCACACCCUGAGCCCCGACUUCAGCGUGUCGGCGCACGGGACGAUCUUCCCCGCCCGCCCCCUGGACUACGAGCGGCCCAACCACCUGUACGAGUUCGUCGUGAUGGCCGUGGACAAGGGGGAGGUCCCCCGCACGGGCACGACCACGGUGCGCGUGCGCAUGUCCAACGUCAACGACGAGGCCCCCGAGUUCUCCCAGCACAUCUACCGGACCUUUGUCUCCGAGGACGCUGGGCCCAACACGUUGGUCGCCACGGUGCUGGCCAAGGACCCCGAUGGAGACGGAAUAACGUACAAGAUCGCGUCGGGCAACGAGGAGGGCAACUUCGUCAUUGACAGCCAGAAAGGUCUGAUACGGCUGCGGUCCAGCCCCCCCCCCAGACUGCAGGGGUUGGAGUACGUCCUGAACGUCACGGCGACCGAUGACAACGCCUCGGGCGGGCCACACCCGCUGUCCUCCGUCGCCCGGGUGAUAGUUGGAGUGGACGACGUCAACAACAACAAGCCUGUGUUUGAGAAGUGCCAGGAGUACCGGGAGAGGUCCUCUGUGCUGGAGAACCAGCCCCCGGGGACCUCUGUCCUGCAGGUGCACGCCGUGGAUGCGGACGCGGGAGCCAAUGGGAAGGUGACGUACGGCUUCAUGCACAAGGACAGCGCCGUCCCUGCCUUCAGCAUCCACCCGGAGACAGGCGUGAUCGUCACGGCCAGGAAGUUCGACCGCGAGAGACAGCGGGAGUACGCCGUCACGGUAACGGCCACGGACCAGGCCGCCGAGCCGCUGAUCGGGAUCUGCCAGAUCAACAUUCUGAUCCUGGACGAGAACGACAACGACCCGAAAUUUGAGAACCUGCGCUACGAGUACUUCCUGCGGGAGGACACCAUGAUCGGCACCAGCUUCCUGCGGGUGGCGGCGCACGACGACGACUACAGCACCAACGCCGCCAUCGCCUACUCCAUGUCCGCGGAGCAGCCCGAGUACCUGAGGGUCAACCCCGUCACGGGCUGGGUCUACGUCAACCAGCCCAUCUCCCAGAGGUCCCACAUCACCAGGGAGAUUGUUGCCACGGACGGGGGGAACCGCAGCAGCUCGGUGGAGCUGUCCGUCACCAUCACCAACGUGAAGAACCAGCCCCCGCAAUGGGAGCGGGACAGCUACGACGUGGUCAUUCCAGAGAACACCAUGAGGGACACGCCCAUCGUGACCAUCAAGGCCAUCUCCCUGCUGGGUGACCCCAGGGUGACCUACAACCUGGAGGACGGGAUGGUGCCGGAAACCAACAUGCCGGUGCGCUUCUACCUGACGCCCAACCGCGAGGACGGCUCCGCCUCCGUCCUGGUGGCCGAGCCGCUGGACUACGAGGCCACCCGGAACUUCGUGCUGAGGGUGCGGGCGCAGAACGUGGCCGCCGUGCCCCUGGCGGCCUUCACCACGGUCUACGUCAACGUCACGGACGUGAACGACAACGUGCCGUUCUUCACCUCCUCCGUCUACGAGGCCGCGGUGACGGAGGGGGCGGAGGCCGGGACCUUCGUGCUCCAGGUGUCCGCCAACGACCUGGACCUGGGGCUGAACGGGAAGAUAACCUACUCCCUGCUGAAGGAUCGCAGUGGGGAUUACCAGUACUUCCGCAUCGACCCGGAGCUGGGGGCCGUCUACACCGAGGCCGUGUUCGACCGGGAGACCAAGGGCUCCUACCUGCUGGAGGUGAAGUCCGUGGACGGGUGGGAGUCGGCUCGGCCAGGGAAGAACGGGCAGCCCAACUCCGACACGGCGUACGUGCGCGUUUUCAUCAGCGACGUGAACGACAACAAGCCCGUCUUCGCCCAGAGCGUCUACGAGGUGAGCGUGGACGAGGACGCCGACGUGGGCUUCGCCGUCGUCACCGUCAGCGCUAACGACGGAGAUGAAGGUGCCAACGCCAAGCUGCGCUACCAGAUCACCUCGGGCAACACGGGCGGGGCGUUCGACGUGGAGCCCGAGGUGGGCACCAUCUUCCUGGCGCAGCGUCUGGACCACGAGCGGGUGAAGUGGUACCGCCUGCGGGUGCUGGCCUCGGACGGGAAGUGGGAGGACUACGCCGCCGUGGUGGUCAACGUGGCCAACAAGAACGAUGAGACGCCCGUCUUCUCCGUCAACGAGUACUACGGCAGCGUGACCGAGGAGCUGGACGGCUCGCCCGUCUUCGUGCUGCAGGUGACGGCAACCGACCCGGACAAGGACGCGGACCAGGAGUCCCUGCGCUACUCCCUGCACGGCCAGGGCGCGGAGAGCGAGUUCGUCAUCGACGAGGUGACGGGCAAGAUCUACGCGCAGAGGACGCUGGACCGGGAGGAGCGGGCCGUCUGGCGCUUCGUGGUGCUGGCCACGGACGAGGCGGGCGAGGGCCUGACGGGCUUCACCGACGUCAUCAUCAACGUGUGGGACAUCAACGACAACGCGCCCGUCUUCACCUGCAUGCCGGACGGCUGCGAGGGGCGCGUCCCGGAGAACUCGCCGCCGGACACCUCGGUCAUGGAGAUGACCGCCACCGACCUGGACGACCCCACCGUGGGGCAGAACGCCGUGCUCACCUACAGGAUCGUGGGGAACGCGCGGGGGGGCGUGGCCGGGGCGGGGGGCGGGGCCGGGGGCGGGGGAGGGACGGAGCCGUUCAGCAUCAACGCCAGCACGGGCACCAUCAGCGUGGCGCAGGCGGGGCUGGACCGGGAGCGGGCGGAGACCUACCUGCUGGUGGUGGAGGCCAGGGACGGCGGCGGGAUGGCGGGCACGGGCACCGCCACCGUCCGGGUGACGGACGUGAACGACCACGCGCCGCGCUUCGCGGCGGGGCCCUGCGGCGCCCGCGUGUCGGAGAGCAGCGAGCCCGACGCCGCCGUGCUGGAGCUGUCGGCCGCCGACGCCGACGCGGGCGCGAACGCCCAGCUGACCUUCAGCAUCGUGGGCGGCGACCCCGAGCAGAAGUUCUACGUGGUGAGCCACCGGCAGGACCGGCGCGCCACCGUGCGGCUGAAGAAGCGGCUGGACUACGAGCGGCCCGGCGACCAGCGCUUCAACCUGACCGUCAAGGUGGAGGACCUGGACUUCUCCAGCCUGACGCACUGCCUCGUGCAGGUGGAGGACCACAACGACCACGCGCCCGUCUUCGUGCCCCACCUCCACGCCCCGCCGCCCUUCCGCGAGGACGUGCCCGUGGGCACCAGCGUGGUCCGGCUGGCGGCCAGCGACGCCGACUCGGGCCCCAACCGGGAGAUCGCGUACAGCAUCGCCGCGGAGACGGACCCGCGCGGCCUGUUCGCGGUGGACGAGGCGGGGCUGGUGACCGUGGCCCGGCCGCUGGACCGGGAGACGGCGGCGGCGCACAGCCUGGUCGUCCUGGCGACGGACCGGGGGAGCCCGCCGCAGACGGGCAGCGCCACGGUGCAGCUGGCGCUGCUGGACGUCAACGACAACGGGCCGGAGUUCGAGGCGGCCUACCGGCCUGUGGUGUGGGAGAACACGCCCGGCCCCCAGGUGGUGUGGCUCAACCAGACCUCCGCCCUCCUGCACGCGGUGGACCGGGACACGCCCGAAAACGGGCCGCCCUUCUCCUUCUCCCUGCCUGCCGAGCUCCGGCACAGCCGCGACUUCCACCUGCAGGACAACGGCAACGGCACGGCCACCGUGACCGCGCUGCGCGCCUUCGACCGCGAGCGGCAGAAGGAGUUCCGCCUGCCCGUGGUCAUGCGCGACAGCGGCCGCCCCAGCCGGACCGUCACCGGCACGCUCACCGUCACCAUCGGCGACAAGAACGACCACGCCCACCAGGCCGGGGAGAAGAACGUCUACGUCAACAGUCACAGAGGGGUGCUGGCCACCACGGUCCUGGGGAAGGUGUACGCCCCCGACCCCGACGACUGGGACAACAAGACGUACGUCUUCGAGGGACACGUGCCCAACUACUUUGUCCUGAACCGGAGGACUGGCUUCCUGAUCAUCAAGGAGAACACCCCGACGGGAAGCUACGAGUUCAGGGUGCGCGUGUCAGACGGGGUGUGGCCAGACGUGGUCUCCGGGGUGACCGUGCACGUUAAAGAGCUGCCGGACGAGGCCAUCUACAACUCAGCCUCGAUCCGCGUGGCAGACGUCACGGCGGCGGAGUUCCUCUCGCGCCCGGCCGGCGGGCGGAGCCGGUACGAGCGGCUCCGGGACUUCCUGUCGGAGAUGCUGGCCGUCGGCGCCGGCGACGUCGACGUCUUCGGCCUGCUGGACGUGCGGGAGAGGACGCUGGACGUGCGCUUCGCCGUGAAGGGCGCCCCCUACCUGCGGCCCGAGAGACUGCACGGCUACCUCGCCGCGCACAAACAGAAGGUACGCUCCUUCCUGCAGGUGAACGUCAGCCAGGUGCGGGUGGACGAGUGCGCGGUGACGGACUGCGGGGGCAGCGGGGGCUGCUCCAAUCAGCUGUCGGUCGGGGGCGCGUCCACCGUGGUGGACGCCGGGAGCACGUCGCUGGUGUCGGUGACGGUGGGCACCGCGGCCGUGUGCGGCUGCCCCGGGCGAGAGCGCCAGCACCGGGCCUGCGCCUCCUACCCCCAGAGCCCCUGCCACAACGGCGGGGUGUGCGUCGACAGCAAGGGCGGGUACAGGUGCCAGUGCCCUCCUCAGUUCGAGGGCCCCGAGUGCCAGCAGACCAAGCACAGUUUCCACGGCGACGGCUACGCCUGGUUUCCGCCCGCCCGGCCGUGCUUCGAGAGCCGCGUCUCGCUGGAGUUCAUCACCGAGGCGACCGACGGCCUGCUGCUGUACAGCGGCCCGCUGGCCCAGCUGCAGCACUGGGACGCCGAGGACUUCAUGGCCAUAGAGCUGAUAGGCGGUACGCCCACCCUGAAGAUUAACCACGGCUCCGGCACGCUGGUUCUGCAGUUGCCGAGCAACGUGCGCGUGGCGGACAGACGGUGGCACAGGCUGGAUGUUCGGAGUGACAGUAAGGAGGUCCGGUUCACGCUGGACCGCUGCUCUGCUGCCGCGGUAACGGAGAUGGAGGGGGUGGGCAGCAGGCUGACGACCGAAGACCACUCCUCCUGCGAGGUCAGGGGGGUCACCCCCAACGGGGCCAGGCACCUGAACAUGACCCAGGUGCUGCAGCUGGGCGGAGUCAACGAGAACCUGCCGUACAUCUACCCUCAGCUGCAGCACAAGCACUUCACCGGCUGCAUCCGCAACCUGGUCGUGGACAGCCAGGUUUACGACCUGGGCUCUCCCGCGGACUCGGAGAACAGCGCGCCAGGAUGCGCCAUGACGGACGGGAACUGCGUCAACAUGGGGUACCCGUCCUGCGGGCCCCGGGGGUGGUGCCACGGCGAGUGGGGGUCCUUCAGCUGCCAGUGCAUACCCGGGUACAGCGGGCACCAGUGCGAGCAGGACCUGAAGCAGCACGGACGCACUAAAAUCAAUGUAGCGCUGCUAGCAUUUUUAUUACCGCUGCUGGGGACCAGGGUCCAGGUCCUGGUGCGGACCCGGAAGCCCGGCGGCACCAUCGUCAGCCUGCUGUCCAAGGAGCAGAACGAGUACCUGCGCCUGGAGUUGCUACAGGGCCUCCUGGCAGUGUUCUAUAACCUGGGCGACGGGGACUACAGCCUGACCCUGCCUUCCCACCGGCUCGACGACGGCGAGUGGCACCAGGUGCACCUGGAUCGCCAGGACAACGAGGUCACGCUGAGGGUGAACGGCGGGGGCGGGCGCCGUGAGGUCACGGCCGCGCCCGGGCGGGGCCGGGAGAUCGUGAUCGACCCCGCGGUGGUGAUUCUGGGAAAUUUGCUCCCCUCCAGCCACAACAAGAGCUUCCAAGGCUGCAUGCAGGACCUGCGGCUGAACGGCCGCCACGUGCCGUUGGACAGCCAGGCCAGAGAGGGCGCCGCCCUGGUGAGCAGCCAGGGCGUGUCGGUGGGCUGCUCCUCCGACUCCUGCCGGAGGAACCGCUGCAGCCCCCCCUUCACCUGCGUGGACCUGUGGAGGGUGCACGAGUGCAGGUGCCCGGCGGGUCACGUGGUCCAGGAGAACGGCACGGGGCGGUUCUGCGCCCGCACCGCCUGCGCGGGGCACCCGUGCCACCGGGGCACCUGCGCCGCCCGCUCGCCCGCCAACUUCACCUGCCACUGCCCGCCGGGCUACCGCGGGCGCCGCUGCGAGGUGGCCCUGGCCAUCUACCGCGACGACGUGGGCCUCAGCUUCAGCUCGCUCUUCGCCAUCUCCAUCUGCUUCCUGGCCCUGCUGGUGCUGCUCCUGGGCAUCUUCCUGUGGACGCGCUGGCGGAGCUACAAGGGGCUGAAGGAGGGCGUGUACCACGUCUCGGCGCACCACGACGGCUGGGAGGACAUCCGGGAGAACGUGCUGAACUACGACGAGGAGGGCGGGGGGGAGGAGGACCAGAAUGCCUAUGACAUGGCGGAGCUGCAGAAGUCUCUUCAGCCCAGCCCCGCCCAGUCCGUGCAGUACGGCCACUCACGGGGGGUCCACCACCACCCCCACGCCCACCAGGACACCACCAAGUCCAACGCCUCCACCUCCUCCUCCUCCACCGCCGCCACCGUCCCCCUGGCCCCCCCGGCCGCCGCCGGCGCCAGCGCCGCCGCCGCCACCAUCUCCGCCACGCUGCGGCGGGACGUCCCGCCCACGGGGCCCCACCCGCAGGGCCCCAGCCAGGCCGCCCUCCCCCCGCGGAAGAGCCUGUCCUUCUCCAGCCAGGACCUGGCGCGCUACCUGUGCGAGAUCAUCCGGGACGCCGACCAGCACCCGGAGGCCGCGCCCUUCGACUCGCUGCAGGUGUUCUCCACCGAGGGGGGGGGCUCGCCGGCCGGCUCGCUCAGCUCCUUCAGCUCCGCCGGGCCGGAGGAGCGGGAGGACCGGGCCCCCGAGUCGCUGCGGGACUGGGGGCCGCGAUUCGAGAAACUCAAGGCCCUGUACGAGAGGGCCGAGGGCAGCGACCUAUGACUGGGCUCACCGGAAACCCGCCCAGGAGGGGGCCGCCUUGCACAGACACCAGGAGGAGUACCGGAAGCUUCCGGAAAAGACUUAACUGCUCUCCACCUGACCGGUAGCACAUGCCAGUCUGUGUGUGUUCAUAUGUCUGCACAGGGCCCCCCCCCCCAUCCCCCACGACUCUUGUCAGUUUCCCCCACUUUUCUUUUUGAGCAGAGGACUGGGCCGCUGCCGUUUCCUGAAGCCUUGCGGGUGACAAUGACUUCGGAAAGUGUUUCGCCUGUAAAUCAAACGUUCUGAGCUUGGUGCAAUUUAAGUAAAAAAACAAAAAAAACAAAAACAAAAAAAACAAUGACAAAAAAAAAAACUAAAACAGUCGUGGAUAAUUUCUCAGAUGUAAAAACAAAACAAAAAAAAUCACUCUUCAAACUUUUUCCUGGAGUUCGCCCCUCUUUGAAAGACUGCAGCUGGGGAGGAGCUGAACACGGGGGAUAAUUUUCACUCAAAACUUGGUGCCAGUGCUGUGUUUUGAAAGUGCGACGUGGAGAGGGAGGGGGAAAGAGGGGAGAUCUGCUGAGGAGGGAGGGGCAGAGUCACUUUAGUCUAUGGCAAGUUUUACAGCUUUUAAAAGAAUAUAUAAAUGCACUUUUUUUUUUAAGAAGACACACAAGUGUUGUGCGCAAGUAUUUGGACAAACGAUGCAGUUUGUUUGUUGUUUUGGCUCUGUGCUCCAGCUCCUUGGAGAAAAAAAAGAUAAAUGAAUGUGAAGUUAAGUGCAGACUGUCAGCUUUAAAAAUUGAGACUAUUUACACAUCCAUGUCUGGUGAUCCUUGUAGGAAUUACAGCCCUUUUUAUGUAUAGCCCCCCCCCCCCCCCCCCCCCCCCCCAUUUUACAGGAGCAAAAGUAAAUGGACCAAUUAACAUAAUCUAAUAUGAGUCAUCAUAUUUAAGCACUUGGUGGCAAACCCUUUGCAUUUGAUAAAUGGCUGAAGUCUGUGACUCACAGACGUCACCGGGCGCUGGGUAUCUUCCCCUGGCGAUGCUCUGCCAGGCCUGCACUGCGGCCAUCUUCAGGCCCUGUUUGUUUCUGGGGCUUUUUGCCUUCAGUCUUGUCUUCAGCGAGUGAAACACGUGUUCUGUUGGGUCCGGGCCGGGUGGUUGUCCUGACCGGUCAAGAACAUUCCGCUUUCUGGCCCCGAAACCCCCCCCCCCCGGUUCCUUUGCCAGUAUGUUUGGGGUCAUUUUCCCACUGCAAGGCGAAGUGCCGUCCAGUGAGUAUCGAGCCAUUUGGGCUGGACCCGAGCAGACAAAACAUUUCUGCACACGUCAGAGUUCACCCUGCUGCUGUCGUCAUAACAGCAGUGACAUCAUCAGUGACGACAAGCGAGCCGGUUCCAUCGAGCCAGUUCCAGUGGCAGCCAUACCAUACCCAAGCCAUAGCACUACCCUCCACCAUGUUUUACAGAUGAGGUGCUCUGCAUCGUGAGCAGGUCCUUUCUUUCUUCACACUCUCCUCUUUCCACCACUUUGUCACAGGUUAAUACUCGUCUCGUCUGUCCAUAAGACUUUUUUUUAUUAUUUUUAUUUUUUACCAGAGCUGCACAAUGUUUUUUUUUUAAAUGUAUUUUUCUAUCGAACUCGUAAGCUGGCCAUUCUGUUCUUGAGGCUUACCGUGGGUUUGCAGCUGUUGUGGUGAACCCUCUGAGGUUAUGCUGGUGUAGUCUUCUCCUUCUGGUGGCCUUUCACACAUUUACACCUACGUCCCGGAGAGUGCUCUUGACCUGUGCGACUGUUGACCGUUUUCUUCAUCAUCGAAGGUGUUCGUCCAUUACAGUGGUCUUCUGUGGUCUACCAGGUCAUUUGCUACUGGGCAUUCUUUCUCCCUGCCAAAGUACUGUAUCAGACGGUUGAUUGUGACACACCCAAUGUCUUGGCUAUGUCUCCGAUCAAUUUAUUCUGAUUUUUCACCCUCACAAUGGCCUCCUUUACUGGUAUUGACGCUUACCUGGAUUGCAUGUUGAGGGACAACAGCAACAGACUCCGACUGCAAAUUCCGACGCCGAGAAUCAAUUCUAGAUCUUUUUAAAUAGCUUUCUAGUGUGCGUGAACUAUUGAUGCAAAGACACACAGCUGGCCAAGAAGCAGUGGAUCAGCCAACUCUCCAAUUACUUUUGCUCCCCUAAAAUGGGGGACUAUGUCUAAAAAGGGCUGUAAUUCCUACAUGGAUCCCCGAUAUCUGUAUUGUUAGCCAGCUUGUGUAGGAGAUAAACUGCACUCCUAAUCUAUACAAGCUGCCCAAUGGCUCUGUACUAACACAUAAAAAUAAAACGCAGUUGGUUUUUUUUAGUGCAAUUCUGAAGAAGAAGCCGUGUUUCUUCGGUUCAGACCCUGUUGUAUAUUUAUGAUAAGUAUGGUGUGUGUGAAGACUGGGGAGAUUAAUUCUCCGUAAGGUUAAACAAAGCAAAAGGAACGCUUUUUUUUUGGAUGGGGGGUGAUUUGUCGCACACUCGCGUGACUUCCCCCGCAGAGCUGGGUAUUUUAUAUAUCUCGCAGAACGGCGGCAACUUGUGCAGCAUGCAUUUUGAGAACGUGUCGAAAGCUCCCUUUUUGGUUUUUUAUCAUCGCGUCUCCUUUUUUAAAAAAAUAAAAUAAAAAUUGAACGGGAAUAUACGUUUAGCGUGACAGCGCGAGCGGAAAAGGAUAGGAGUGCGUUAAAGGCAGUCAGGGCGAUAAUCCUAAUGCAAGUUGAUAGCUGGCUGUCACGCCCUGAACGGAGGGCACCAGGCAUCUCGCGGCAAGCUCAAAGUGCGCGAUUCGGAAACGGAUUUCAGAAUGUGCCGAUUUUAAAAGGUAGCAAUGCAAGCUGAAAUAGGAUUCCAAGGGGAAAAUUAGGAACACUUCUGUGACGGGAUGAUUUUAAAAUAAAAAUAAAAAAGAAAGAAAGAAAUCUUGGGUGGGAGCGUGAGGAUGAGGCCACAGUUUCUAGAAUGUUCUCUAGAAAAUAUAGCUUGUAAGAGUGUUGUUGGGGGACACAUAUGACCAUGACCUCAAAAGAAAUUAUAAAUGUGUAUAUUUUAUAUGUUUUGUUCACAAAAUUUUAAAAUUUAAUUUAGCCAGUGUGUACCUCCAGUGGCAAACCUAACCCCUGAUAAUCCUGAUUCUAGUUUACAGUGAAUAUACAGAUUGUGGUUUAUUUUGUAAAUAGUAAAAAUGGAGAAAUACAACUUUUGGCUGCAUAAAAAAAAUGUGAAACUUACUAAUGGGAGCACCACAGUAUAAGUAAUCUCUGGCUUCUUUGAAAGUGGAUGUGAAUUUUACUGUUAUUACCAUUUUAUUUAAUAUUUCUCAUUAGUUUAUAUUUACAGCAUUUGAAACAUUUUUUAAAUAAAUAUCUUUGAUAACGUGA